AUGUGGCAGGAUACUGUUGAUCUCACACUCUCACACUGUCGAAGGCAAUCAUGAGACUCACAGUCUGUUUUCUUUCUCUACUCACUGUAUUCUGCCCUGGAGAGUGUGGGAAUAUUUUAGUUUGGUAUACUGAGGGCAGUCACUGGAUCAAUCUGAAGAUCGUAUUGGAAACUCUGGUUGACAGAGGACACGAUGUCACAGUGCUGGUGCCUGAUGCCUCUCUCUUCAUGAAAGCUAAAAGAUCAGAUCGUUUCUCCUACCAGCCCUUUAAUGUGUCCAUGGAUGAACAGGAGAUGCGAGACUUCAUUGAUGACUUUCUGCAUUUCUCAGUGUAUGAGAUGGAUCAGUUAAACUUGCUGCAGAUUGUAAUGAAAUUUUAUGAGUUAGCUUCAAAACAUCAGGCCAUGUCUCUGGCACACUGUGAAGGCAUUUUAAAAUCUCCGGAGUUGAUGGACAAAUUGCAGAAUGGAAAGUUUGAUGUUGUUCUGUCAGAUCCGAUCUAUGCGUGCAGCGAUAUUGUGGCUGAAGAGCUGGGCAUUCCCUUGGUUUACACGUUCAGAUUCUCCAUUGCUCACACUGCAGAGCGGAUGUGUGGUCAGAUACCAGCGCCGCCAUCAUAUGUUCCUGGAGCCAUGAGUAAACUCACUGACAAGAUGAGCUUCACAGAGCGAAUCUUCAAUAUUCUCUUCUACCUUUCCCAAGAUGCUUUGGCCAUUAUUGCAUGGAAAAAAUUUGACAACUAUUACACUGAAUAUUUAGACGGCAGUCACUGGAUCAAUCUGAAGAUCGUGUUGGAAACAUUGACUGACAGGGGACACGAUGUCACAGUGCUGGUGCCUGAUGCCUCUCUCUUCAUGAAAGCUAAAGAUUCGGAUCGCUUCGCCUAUCAGCCCUUUAAAUUGUCCAUGGAUGAACAGGAGAUGCGAGACUUCAUUGAUGACUUUCUGUAUUUCUCAGUGUAUGAAAUGGAUCAGUUAAACUUGCUGCAGAUUGCAAUGAAAUUUUAUGAGUUCGCUUCAAAAUAUCAGGCCAUGCUUCUGGCACACUGUGACGGCAUUCUCAAAUCUCCGGAGUUGAUGGACAAAUUGCGGAAUGGAAAGUUUGAUGUUGUUCUGUCAGAUCCGAUCUGUGCAUGCAGCGAUAUUGUGGCUGAAGAGCUGGGCAUUCCCUUGGUUUACACUUUCAGAUUCUCCAUGGCUCACACUUUAGAGCGGAUGUGUGGUCAGAUACCAGCGCCGCCAUCAUAUGUUCCUGGAGCCAUGAGUAAACUCACUGACAAGAUGAGCUUCACAGAGCGAAUCUUCAAUAUGCUCUUCUACCUUUCCCAAGAUGCUUUUGCCAUUAUUGCUUGGAAACAAAUUGACAACUAUUACUCUGAAUAUUUAGGACGAUCCACUUCCUAUUGUGAGAUGAUGGGUAAAGCUGAUAUCUGGUUAAUCAGAACUUACUGGGAUUUUGAGUUUCCACGGCCAUUCCUGCCCAACUUCAAAUUCAUUGGAGGGCUUCACUGCAGCCCUGCCAAGCCAUUACCCAAGGACAUGGAGGAGUUUGUACAGAGCUCAGGGGAUGAUGGGAUUGUGGUCUUCACUCUGGGGUCUUUGAUAGACAAAAUGCCCAAAGAAACAAGCAAUAGGAUCGCCUCUGCACUGGCACAGAUCCCACAGAAGGUCUUGUGGCGAUACAGUGGAGAAAAGCCAGAUACUCUGGGUGAAAACACCAGAAUCUAUAAGUGGAUCCCUCAGAAUGAUUUAUUGGGCCACCCCAAAACCAGAGCAUUUAUCACUCAUGGGGGCACUAAUGGCAUAUAUGAGGCCAUAUAUCAUGGUGUGCCGAUGGUCGGGAUCCCCUUGUUUGGUGACCAGCCAGAUAAUUUGGCUCAUAUGAAGGCCAAAGGGGUUGCAGUCGUCAUGGACAGCAUCAAGACCAUGCAGCCGCAAGAGCUGGUGGAUGGACUCAAUGCCGUCAUUAAUGACACCUCGUAUAAAGAGAAUGCAAUGCAUUUGUCCAGGAUUCAUCAUGACAGACCAAUAAAGCCUUUGGAUGAGUCUGUGUUCUGGAUUGAGUUUGUCAUGCGCAAUAAAGGUGCGAAACACCUGCGUGUAGAAGCUCACAACCUUCCCUGGUACCAGUACCACUGUCUGGAUGUGUUCGCUUUUCUUUUCACCAUCCUGACUGUAGUUCUCUACGUCUUCUUUAAAAUGUUCAAAUUCUUCAUAAUGCGUUGCUGUUUUAGAUCAAAGAGGAAAAGCAAAAAAGAGUGAUUUCAUUGCUUUGAAUGGUCUGCAUCAUGUAUUAAUUUUUAAUGAAUCAUGUAUUAGUUUUCAAACUGCCAUCCCACCUACACAGAUUUUAUUUUAAUUUAGAUGAUUUUUUACAAUGUAUCGAUCUACUUACUUUUUUCAGACACUGAAACUAAGAAUAAAUAUGCACUUGUUUUGCAAUUAAUUUAUUGAUCAUUAUAUUAUCAAAUUAAUUAAAAGUUACAUUUUGUACAA